CCUUGACAAGUGGAGGAGAUACUUAACCUGGGUGUAGUGCUGCACUCCUAUUCUUUGGUGUCUGAAUUUCACCAAGAUCCAGGACAAUGUGGCUGGCCGUGCUAGUGUAUCACUUUGGCCUGAUUCUCAGCAGUGAGGCUCAGAGUCCGUGCUUCAUCAGCCCUACAUUCAGAGAGCCAGCCAACUCUGACAUCACGGUUACAUGUGGAACUGAAACAAUGAAGUUGAGCAUCUUGAUGUGUCCGAUCUACUUUCGUGGAUACAAUGAGUCACUGAUGGCCCUGAACGCUCAGUUCAGCAGACGAGAGUGCUAUGGGACCCCUGACUGGACAGUUGACCCACCCGUCCUGAAAUUCAAUUUCAGCAUUUCUGAAAAUUCCAUCACCGCCUGCUCCAACAAGUUAAAGAUCACUGAGGAGGUGGGUUCAGGGCUCUUCUCUGACUAUUCCAGCGUUCAGUUUGUUAACAUCUCUGGGAUGAUCAACUCCCUGGAUCCCAGCGCGGGCACCAUUACCUACCGUCAGGAGAUGAUGUACAUAUUCUCUUGUCGGUACCCUCUGCAGUACCUGGUCAACAACACACGGAUGGGUGUAUCUGGGGUGAGCCUGGCAGUCAAGGACAAUAACGGGAGUUUCAUCAGCACGCUGAGUAUGUCUUUGUUUGAGGACGUCGCCUACACCAGAAGGCUGAUAAUGCCAAAUGGUGGAGUUCAGCUCAAGACACGGAUCUUUGUGGAAGUAAAGGCGACAAACCUCACAGAAAGGUUCAACGUGCUGCUUGAUCGGUGUUACGCCACAACAAGCCCGCUUCCCGGCAACAGUUCCCACUAUGACCUCUUUGUUGGGUGCACGAAGGACGGGCAGACGGUGAUGGGGACCAACGGGCAGGCACAGUUCGCUCGCUUCUCCUUCGAGGCCUUCCGCUUCGUGCAGCACAAGAACGUGACCGUCUCCACCUUCUACCUCCACUGCGCCACCAGGCUGUGUGACCGAGCCGUCUGCAGCGUCUUACGCCCGAACUGUACAGAAAAUGGCAACAGGAGAAAAAGAGAGGUUGAGACAGCGCAGGGAACGUCAGUCAGCGACGUGGCCACAGUCACGUCCGGUCCCAUCAUCACCAAAGUGGACAACGGUGGUCUUACAGCCCCAGCUUCUCAAACAGCCUUGCAGACGGCCGAGGAGAGCGGCCCCCUCAUGGGCGUGGCCGUCACUGCGGGGGUGGUGUGCGUGCUCUUCCUCGCCCUGAUGGUGUACGUAGUCUUCCGCCUCCACUCGCGAAAGAAAUCGGAGAAGACAGCGGCGUUGGCGGUGAGCACCACGGGCAGGACUGACCACAGCUUGCCGGGCAGUAAGACAGGGUUGGCUGGUUGGGACAUGUGACUCAGAUUGAAGAACCUUCAUUUUUUUAUUCUUUUUCAUUUACUCCAGAAGCUGCCAUCGAGGCAGUCGCACGGCAACAGAGUACAAUAAUAUGGCAGGGACAUAUUUAAACAUCAGCGCUUUUGCUGCAUGGUAGAAUGAAUAGAUUUGUUUCCUCCUGUACUAAGGCACUUAAGUUCUUGUUGUUAUUCAGGGCUACUGUACUGCAUUCUUUUUUACUGGCUAAGGAUCCUUUCCAGAGCUGGAGAUCUGGGCUUUAUUGGUGGAAAUAAUGUCCGUGGGAAUGUGUAGGGGAAGCGCGUACCAAUGGCCAAAGUUUUCUAGAGACGAUCGCUUGUGUUUUUAGAUCUGUAUAGACACAGUUGAUAUGAGCAGAUUCUCAGACACAAGAACUUGGUUUUGUGGGUCUUUUACAGUGCUGUACCAUAAAUGUACAAUAUGAAUACAACAACUUAUACAAUAUGUUGGCGUAGUUCAAAAACAAUUGCAUUUCUUGUCAUUUUUCACAUCUGCAUGUAUAUACAG